AUGACAACUGAGAAAACAUCCAACCCUCUGGAGCCGUUCCUGCUGCUGCUGAAGGAUGCUAAGGGGGCUGGGGCCGCAAGUAUCCUCAGCCAGGCCAUGGGGGCCCCCAAUGUUUAUGUGUUUGGAGAGUUCUUGGAUUUGCCCAAUGUGCAGGAGCUUGCCACAGGAGCAUAUGCAUCUGUAUAUCAACUGCUUCACGUUUUUGCAUAUGGAACAUAUAAAGACUACAAAGCUAGCACAGCCCAGUUACCUGACCUCACUCCUCAGCAGUUGACAAAAUUACGACAUUUAACUGUGGUUUCUCUGGCCACCCGUAGCAAGUGCAUUCCCUAUUCCGUACUGUUGGAGGAGCUUGCGAUGGAGAAUGUCCGAAAUUUAGAGGACCUGAUCAUCGAGGUCAUCUAUGCUGACAUCAUCCAUGGGAAGCUUGAUCAGAUACACCAGCAGCUGGAGGUCGACUGUGCUCUGGGUCGAGACAUCCACGAUAAGUCACUGGAUGAAGUCGUUACGGUGUUAGAGCAAUGGUGUACAGGCUGUGAAGGUGUCCUGCGAAGUAUUGAGGAGCAGAUAAGCAGAGCCAACCUGUGCAAGGAGCAGCAGAAUCAGCGAAAGGCAGCAUUGGAGCAGGAGGUAAUAAACAUCAAGAAAACAAUAAAGACCACACAACAACAGGACCUGGACGAGGCCAUGGUGACAGACAGCCGUGGCGACCUGGCGCUGGUCACAGACAAAGGAUCCAAGAAAACUACCAAAUCUAAAGGGUUGAGGGGAAGUAAUCCGGGUAAACUGUGGAACAAGUGA